GUUCCGGCGGCGGCGAGCACCGCUCGCUUUGGCUUUGUCCAUAGUGCCCUCGAGAGCGCCACAAACGUGAUCGGAGGUCGAACCGCUUGAACAACUUGUGGACGUUCACACUGCUCCUGUGUUUGCCCUGUUAGAGUGGGGGUGCGAUACAAAAGGCGCCCCGCAUUUACUUGGAUUUGUGCAGUUCGUCUGUACUCCCUGAAACAGUAUUCAACAUCCCUGUUCACACUCGUAUUGACCAUAAUGACUGCUACCAGAGGUAAUCUUGCUUCAAGGUACUCUUCGAAACGUCCACCUCUCCACAACCCGUGCUUCAGAAAGCCAAGAUGGGCUUGUUCCCCUGACGCAGACACCCUUCCGCCACCGAUCUUUGACAGCGGAAAUAUGAAGACCGGCAGGGGCACGAUCGAGGCCCCGCAGGCGCUUAGCACCACAUGCAUGGAAGACCCCUUCGCCCGUUCACGGGCAACACGUUCCUACUUCGUUGAUCACCCCCACCUCGUGCAAGGGGCUGCGGAACCCCCACACGACGUAAAAGCGUGCUCAACUCAGACGGAGUUACAAAAGCUUGGAUUAUUCCCUUUUGCUGCUGCCAGUUCCUCGAAAGUUGCCCGAGGCAACUUUGCGAGCGCCUCCUGUGGGAGCGGGCCCUCCUACUCGCUCAAGCAUCGUCUGUUUGACAUGUCUCAGCCGUCGCGCUUGCCGCCUCGCUUACGUGCCCUUUCCAAGGAUGUCGCGCUGAGACACUCAGCGCCCAUGGUCCCUCCUGGUCUCGGUCAUGUUGUUUCUCUGCCUUCGGUCACUCGUCCUGGCUGUGUUUCCCAGGCUCCUUCUAGCGUCGCCAAAGGGAGACAUGGUACAGAGAGUCUUCUCUUCCAGUUGAAUUCGGACGGUGUCGCCAGGGUAGUCACAGCUUCCUCAGAUACUCCUAAACAUUCGGGUGGCACCGCUGUCCCUCGGGUCAUAGCGUCCAAAAGUCCAGACCUUGAUGGCAUUGCAACUGCGUUCUCUAGCCUUUCCGCGCAUUUCAUGUAUUCGUUAGCUAUCAAAGCCGGCGCAGAUGAAAUAUUCCCUGACCCGUGAGUCAUUGUUCGGCAAGGCAUUCAACUUAAUUAUUCAUUCAAUGUGCAGGGAAUUGGAUGGGCGAAAUUACGUGACCUCCAUUAUCGGCACUCGUAUUCGAUUCAUUCUGGAAUCCGUCAGCAACCCUCAAAUGGUUGUCAUUCAUGCGUUGUGGUACAUCUCUAAGAU